AUGGCGCCAAUCCUCCAGAGAAAGUGCCGGUUGCAACAUUUAUGUGAAAUAAGCAAGCGGGAGCAGAAACAAGUCCUGGCCAAGGCGCUCGCUGGCAUACUGUGGGCUGCAGGAGCAGCUCAGAAGGCCACCAUCUGUCUUGUCACUGAGGACACUUAUGUUGCCUCAACUCCUGACUACUCCAGGGACGAUUUCACGGAGCGGCUCCAGCUGUUUGAAUUUCUAGAGAAAGAAGCCACUGAGAAAUUCAUCUAUGAUCAUUUACCAUGUUUCAAAGGAGAAGGAAGCCACGGUGUCAUCCUGUUUCUUUACAGCCUCCUCUUCUCCAGGACAUUUGAAAGGCUUCAGAAUGACCUAGACGUCACCACUACUCAUCUGUUACAGCCAAGUGCUGGAGGCUUCCUCUGCAGGCAGGCAGUUCUGAACAUGAUUUUAACUGGAAGAGCAAGCCCAAAUGUAUUUAAUGGCUGUCAGAAAGGAAGCUUUCAAGAAGUCUUACGUGGAGUCCUGGCCCGCAGUGAUGUCGGCUAUUUGCAGUGGGGUAAGGACGCCUCAGAGGGGGACAGGCUCUCCCAGGUGGGCAGCAUGCUGAAGACUCCCAAAUUACCGAUCUGGCUGUGCAACAUCAACGGAAAUUAUAGCAUCCUUUUUAGCACAAACAGGCAGCUCUUAUCAGACUGGAAAAUGGAACGGCUCUUUGAUCUGUACUUUUACAGUGGCCAGCCCUCACAGAAAAAGCCUGGGCGUCUGACAAUAGAUACUCACUCCCAUCACUGGGAAAAGGACCAACAUGAAGAUAAACAUGGAGCAGAACGAUGGUUUUCUCCAGUGGAGAUGAUAAUCAGAACCAAGUGGACAGAGGCCACCAUCAACUGGAAUGGGACUGUCUGCUUUUUCUAA